AAGUAGCCCGGAAGAUCAAUUUCAAAGCCAACUCCUAUUGAACGGCAAGAGACAGAGAGAAACUUCCUCUCUCUGCAAGAGAUUGAACGGCAAGAGAGAAGAGAGAAACCGGUGGGCUUUCCUGGGUGAUCGACUUUUCCCACGAGAAACCCAUCCGGUCACGGAAAGCUCGUCCGGCAAAGCUCUCGAAGACACCAUCCUCUCUCUCUCUCUCUCUCUGGAUUAUUGUUCAGAAUCGUGAAAUAGGAACAUGGGUAUCGAUGAUUUCAUCAUAGAUCCGUGGGAGUGAACGGCUAGCGGUGAAACGUUGGAGGAUUCUAGCAGGCUUCGGUUGGGACACAAGGCGUUGAUGACUCAUAGGGAAGAAGAGAGCAAUGGGGAUUUGUUCCUGUUGAUGAGCACUCGAGGGGUCUUAAGUUUCCCGUGCCCACAAGCGAAAUUCUCCUUCUGCCUCCCCAGAGACAGAUGGGAUAAGGAGUUCGCGAAACUGCAGGCUGGGUAAUCGAAGAUAGCGCGUUUAUUCGGCCGGUUUGGAAUUCGGAAAUUCUUGAUUUAUUUUCAUUUAUCGCGGGGUUGUGGUUAUUACUUAUUAGGAAAAAGUGUAUUUGGAUUUUCUAGGAUUUGGGUUACAAGGAAAUGGGUUCUUCUCAAGGCUCCACCUUGACGGCUAAUGUGGCCGAAUUCACCAAACAAUCGUUGGAUUCAUCAACUCCACGGAGUUCUUAUCUUCUUGACAAUUGUCCUGUUUAUGUUAAGGAAUUGAUUGCUGGAGGCGCGGCAGGAGGAUUUGCGAAGACUGCAGUUGCGCCUCUGGAAAGGAUCAAGAUACUUUUUCAGACAAGGAGUGAAGGAUUUCAUUCCCUUGGGAUCUUCCAGUCUUUGAGAAAGUUGUUGAGGCACGAGGGAGUUCUUGGUUUCUACAGGGGGAAUGGCGCCAGUGUCCUUCGGAUUGUUCCAUAUGCCGCUUUGCACUUCAUGACGUAUGAGCAAUAUAGAUGCUGGAUUCUUAAUAAUGUAGCGAGUCUUGGAACUGGACCUGUUGUAGACCUUUUGGCUGGAUCAGCUGCUGGCGGGACUGCAGUUUUAUGCACCUAUCCAUUGGAUUUGGCUAGAACCAAACUUGCUUAUCAGGUGGCAUAUAGGAGUGGUGUUGGUGGUGUUCAUAUGAAUCCCACUUACACUGGCAUUAAAGAUGUCUUCCAGAAGGUCUAUGCUGAGGGUGGAGUUAGAUCUUUGUAUCGGGGAGUUGGGCCGACAUUGAUAGGUAUCCUCCCUUAUGCUGGUCUGAAGUUUUAUGUAUACGAGGAACUCAAGAGACAUGUACCUGACGAAUAUCAAAAGUCUGUGAUCAUGCGUUUGUCAUGUGGAGCUCUUGCUGGCCUACUGGGCCAAACUUUCACAUACCCAUUAGAUGUGGUUCGCCGACAGAUGCAAGUUCAGAAUAUGCAACCGUCAUCUGAACCUAGAAAUCCUGGCUUUAGAAGCACAAUGGAAGGGCUCACAACUAUUAUUCACAAGCAAGGUUGGAGACAGCUAUUUGCUGGCCUGAGCAUAAACUACGUCAAGGUGGUUCCAUCAGUGGCAAUUGGCUUUGCCACAUAUGAUGUGAUGAAAGUUUGGCUUGGGGUACCACCGCGGGAGAGAAUUCGAACAGUGAGCACGUAAUUCCAAUUGGUGAAACAGGAGGACAAGUUUUCUAUCUGCAUCUGAAGGACCUGUAUGGCCCUGUUUCUCGGGAGUUCAGGCAUUUGGGAUAUGAGGAGGGCUUCGUAUUAACUUAUUUCUGACAAAUUUUUGUCAUCUUCACGGGCACAAAGAUAGGUUGCAGCUUUCCUGUAGCUACUGCAGGAAAAGAAAUUACAGGUUAUACAAUAUCAAAAACAUAUCAAAUUAUGAUAUUGCUUGUUUGUCAACCGUUCAUCUGUAAAACAGUUAUACGACAAUAUGCGCUUAUGUCGUGCCAUCUACAGAAUUGGACAGUAUAGCCUCUAUUAUGUUA